AAGAAUUAAAGAAACAAUAUUGCUGGGUACCAGUAGAAGUUGGUAAAGUUUGACUUGAAAUUGAUCAAGCCACGUACUUGGCAUUGCCUUAAAAAAGUUUGUCAGGAAAGCAAAGACCAAGUCAGCCAGAAUAAGUCACAGAGAGUGAGAAAGCUCACAACAAUGGCCGAUUCAAAAGUAGAGACGAUCUCAAGACUGGCCCAAUGGAGAAUCGAGAAUUUCGGGCCUUGCUCUUACAAAAAGUCUGAUCCUUUCAAGCUCGGAAUUUGGAAUUGGCAUUUUUCUAUAGAGAAGAAUCGGUACCUCUACAUUCGUUUGUUUCCUGAGCCAUCACGGGUGUCCAAAGAACAGCCUCCUCUUGCUCGCUUUGUUCUUAGAGUCUCUAGUUCCGGCCCUGGCCGCAGACCCUACAUCUCUCCUGUUCAUGAAAGAUUGCUUCGCACAAGUGAAGACUUUGUCUGGCCUGUUGAUUCCACCUUCCUUGGUCGCUUCAUCAUUGAUGUUGAGUUUCUCGAAUUGAAGAUAUGCCCUUUAAAUGGUGGGGAAGCUAGUCCUGUAUGGCCUGCUGAUGGAUUGAUGCAAUCGGUAUCAACCCAAAGCACUCUCCGAUGCCUCUCUCGCAUGCUUGAUGAGGGCAUCCAUGCUGAUGUCACUAUCAACACUGCUGAUGGCACUUUAAGAGCUCACAAAGCAAUUCUUUCUGCAACUUCUCCUGUGUUCCAAAGCAUGUUCAAUCACGACCUUAAGGAAAAAGAGUCCUCCACAAUCCACAUAAAAGACAUGUCCCUGGAAUCUUGUAUGGCUCUUCUCAGUUACCUGUAUGGAACCAUUAAACAAGAGAAUUUCUGGAAGCACCGGUUAGCACUUCUAGGUGCGGCGAGCAAAUAUGACAUUGCAGACCUAAAAGAUGCCUGUGAGGAAAGCCUUCUGGAAGAUAUUAACUCCACAAAUGUCCUUGCGAGACUGCAUGAGGCCUGGUUGUACCAGCUGAAUAUGCUGAAGAAAGGAUGCUUGAUGUACUUGUUUGAUUUUGGCAAAAUAUACGAUGUUAGAGACGAAGUAAACGACUUUUUCAGGCAUGCAGACAGAGACUUGAUGAUGGAAAUGUUUCAAGAGGUGCUUACUGUUUGGAAGCCUGUAUAACUUUCUUUUUAUGGAGUUCUUACUGUCAUAUGCAGUCUGCUGAUUGAUAAUUGUAUAUAUAGUCUUUGGUUCAAGUAUCCUCUGAGAUUAUCUGUGUGGUUUAAUGGUGAUGUUGUUCCCCUAUGUAUGAUAAAAAAAUUACGAUCCCAGGUGACCUGCUUGGCAUUCGGUUUUGAGUUCA